CGAGACAUGGAUCUGACGCCUGCGCAGAAGCCAGCGUGAGUCUGAAUCGUCGAUUGGGAGACUGUCGGAGCGAAGAAUCUAGAGUGAUGGGACCUGAGUGAAGGAACAGCCGCGAGUGAUCCCUCUCCAAGCCGGUUAUGACAGGCAGUGGCACCUGGUGUGUGUGAGGUUAGUGUGGUGCUGUCUCUCUCUAUCUCUCUAGACAGAGCUGAGGUGAAAGGGUCAGGAUGGCUUCAGCCUGUGCUGAGAUCUGUGGGUCAGACUAUGCUGAACAGACGCAGCACGACCAGCGAUAUGGCGUCAGAUCAUACCUCCACCAGUUCUACGAGGAGUGUACAGCCUCCAUCUGGGAACGCGAUGAAGAUUUUCAGAUUCAGAGAUCGCCUAGUCGGUGGAGCUCUGUCUUCUGGAAGGUCUGUCUAGCGUUAGGAACCCUGAUCCUGGUGACAGGCCUCAUUGUCCUACUGGUGGGCUACGCCACCCCGACUAAGAUCGAAGCGUUCGGGGAGGACGAGCUCCUCUUCGUGGACAGCCAUGCUGUGCGCUUCAACCGAGCGCUGGACGUGUGCAAGCUGACGGGCGCCGUGCUGUUCUGCGUGGGUGGCGGCCUGAUGGCCGUAGGUCUCCUCCUCUCGGCCUUCUCUAAGACCUACUCCAAGGAGGAGCUGUACCUGCAGCAGAAGUUUAAGGAGAGGCUGGUUGAUAUCCAGAAUACGGUCCAUCCAAUCACCAGAGGCCCUACUCCGGGGGAGAGUAAGAUCCCUGUCACCCUGUCUAAAGUGCAAAGUGUCCAGCCCAACUCAGAGACAUAACAGUUAUCAAUGUAGUAGUGAGAGGUAGAUCAUCAGUGGUGUUCAUGUGUCCUUGUUCCUAACCCUUCUAAAGGUCAGCUUACGGCAUCUUAGUACUACUCCUUAAAAACAAACCCUGUGUAUCCAGCACUUACACUAGUGGCUGCAGGAGGAAUCGCACAGCUCCUUUCAUGUAACGCUGUGUUAUAAAGGCUGCAGGAGGUUUCACACAGCUCCUUUCAUGUAACACUGUGUUAUAAAGGCCGCAGGAGGUUUCACACAGCUCCUUUCAUGUAACACUGUGUUAUAAAGGCUGCAGGAGGUUUCACACAGCUCCUUUCAUGUAACACUGUGUUAUAAAGGCCGCAGGAGGUUUCACACAGCUCCUUUCUGGCUGUGUUAUACAGGCCGCAGGAGGUUUCAUACAGCUCCUUUCAGGUAACGCUGUGGUAGUGUCAACUACUGGCUGGGUUACAAUCAGCCUACAGGAUUAAUGUACCUAGAUCAAGAAACUAACAGACUCAUUGUAUAGAGCAGUGGUUCUCAACCUGGGGUUCUUAUCCUAUCCACAGAGGGUACUUAUCCUAUCCACAGGGGGUACUUAUCAUAUCCACAGGGGGUACUUAUCCUAUCCACAGAGGGUACUUAUCCUAUCCACAGGGGGUACUUAUCAUAUCCACAGGGGGUACUUAUCCUAUCCACAGGGGGUACUUAUCCUAUCCACAGAGGGUACUUAUCCUAUCCACAUGGGAACUUAUCCUAUCCACAGAGGGUACUUAUCCUAUCCACAUGGGGUACUUAUCCUAUUCACAGGGGUACUUAUCCUAUCCGCAGGGGGAACAUAGCGUAUCCACAGGCAGAACUUAUCCUAUCCACAGGGGGUACUUAUCCUAUCCACAGGCAGAACUUAUCCAAUCCAUGGGGGGUACUUAUCCUAUCCACAGGCAGAACUUAUCCUAUCCACAGGCAGACUUAUCCUAUCCACAGGGGGUACUUAUCCUAUCCACAGGGGGUACUUAUCCUAUCCACAGGCAGAACUUAUCCUAUCCACAGGCAGAACUUAUCCUAUCCACAGGCAGAACUUAUCCUAUCCACAGGGGUACUUAUCCUAUCCACAGGGGGUACUUAUCCUAUCCAUAGG